AAACAAAAAUGGUGAUGUUGACGUGUUCUUCGUACUAUAUCAGAUCGUCGGAUUAAAUUUAUGAAACAGAAAAUUACGUUUUUGUAGCGUAUUUACAUCUUACAUCUAUUUUAUGCCUUGAAACAGCGAUACACUGUGGCACUGCCAUGUCAUCGAUAAAGUUUGAUGUCAAUCAAUAGCUAAUACGAUUGUACGUUGCAACCUGUCUAAAAUAAUCAUCCACUAGUAAAAUCAACUGUUAUGAACGGGCAAGAAGAACCUACGAAAGUCUACACAGUUCGGGUAGGAUCGCAGGAGCUUUCAUUUCGCCUCGCACACGAGGAUGACCCGCCACCUAAGAUCAGGUUAUACAAUGGAAAUAACUCAAUUGCUAUUUUCGCAUUCAACAAAAGAAGUGAUUCAUAUAUUGAACUACCGAAAGAUGAUGUAGAAAAUUUUGAUCGAGCUUUAAGAGCUUUAAAGAAGUGCACAUGCAGACACUCUAAUAAAGUAAACCAGAGAGGUGAUGAAAGACUUGAUAAACAGUUGGCUAGACUUCAGAGAAGACUGGAAGAAAGGACCAGUGGAGACCAGUGUUCUUACUGUGAACAAUUAGCUGAUGUUGUUAAUCUUGAAUUUGAAGUUACUCCAAGUUCUGCUGUUGCAGAGAAAGAUACUGAUGAUUUGAAAAUGUCAGAGCCUCAGAUAACAUCAUUAGGUUCCACAUCUGCAAAAAUAUCUUGGCAAGAGAGUGUAGUUAACAAUGAACAUCUGGCCAACUGUAUAUUUGAGCUAGAGAUGUCCAAGUCUAAAAACACAUCAUUUCACAAAAUUUACAGUGGUCCUGAACAAUCUUUCAUUGCAACAGGCUUGUUACCUGGAACCAAAUAUUAUUUCAGACUAUGUGCUGUCAAGGAUACCAUCAAGGGACCAUUUUCUCCUGACGCCUUAAUUAUGAAAGAAGCCACAGCCCCAUCAACCCCUGAUAUGCCUCAUAUAUCUAAUAAGACUAAAACUAGCCUGGCAUUGAAGUGGGCCGUUAAAAGUGAUAAUGGUUCACGGAUAACGUCAUGUGUUUUACAAUGGGAUAAAGGAGAGACGGAUGGCCAGUUUGAGACGAUAUAUGAGGGUCCACAAAAACAGUAUAAAUUUAAUCACAAAUUUCCUCCCAAAACGACUUGUCGGUUCCGCGUUAAAGCAAUAAAUAUGAUUGGAGAAAGUGAAUUUAGCCCAGAACUUCGCUAUACUUCAAGCGCUGGUGUGCCAUCGAUUCCAGACCCUCCUUCCUUGCUCAAGGCAACUACUAAUUCAUUACAACUUUCUUGGAAAAAACCAAAUACUAAUGGAGCUGAUAUAACGGAGUAUAUAUUACAAAUGGAUGACGAGUUUCAGGGUUAUGGAUUCUUACCAGUAUAUCGAGGGAUUGAACAAACCUGCAUUGUCAGAGAGAACUUGAAAAGAAAUAGAUCAUACAAGUUCAGGUUGUGUGCCAUCAAUGUCGAGGGUGAAAGCAAGUGGAGUAACAGUGUAUCAUUCACGACCAAAUGCGAGGCUCCAGGUCGUAUGUUGCCUCCAAUACUGGAAGGAAAAGUUCACACAAAAUCGUUUAUGGUAUCGUGGGUUCCCCCCAGUGACGAUGGUGGCACUGAGAUUGUUAGUUUCAGCUUGGAAGUAAACAGUGGUGCAGGAGGUGAAUUUAAAGAGUUAUACAAAGGCCUGGAUACAACCUUUAAGAUUCAAGAUCUUUCACCUGGCCAAGCGUACAAAGUCCGCGUCUCUUGCUCGUCCUCUGAAUUUAAAAGUCCGUGGUCGGAUGCGACCAGCAUUAAGACACUGCCAGUUAUACCUGAUCCACCUACUGCACCACGAAAAGUGAAGAAUAGUAAACCACAAGCAUAUGCCAUUGAACUUGAAUGGGAUGCUCCCAAUUAUGAUGGUGGUGCUAAUAUAGCAACUUACAAUGUCCAAAUCAAGGCAGCUGCAGAUAAAGAGUUCCGUCAUGUUUAUCUUGGUUCCAAAACCUGUUGCUGUGCUACUGGCCUUGAACCGAAUUGUAAAUAUACGUUUCGUGUACGAGCUCAAAAUAUAGCCGGUGAAAGCAAGUUUUCUGAUAUUUCCUGUUUGAACACCGGGCCGGGACCACCAGAUGCGGUAGAGUUACCCGAGAUUGCGUGUCGAUCCUCAAGCGCAAUUAAUAUAUCAUGGAAGGUCCCGAGAACAAACGGAACUCCAGUUACAAGUUACCUGCUACAAUAUGCAGGGGAUCCAAAUGGACCAUUUGAAAAGUUAUAUGAAGGAAGUACGAAUAAAUACGAAAUGAAAAGAAAUAUUUUGCCUUCAACGACGUACUUCUUCAGAGUUCAGGCGUGUAGUGUUGCAGGAUGCAGUGACUGGAGUGAUGUCUCCUCGUGUCAUACGUCUGCUGCUCCUCCUGCACAAGUUCAUGAUUUAAUACUGCUUGGUCGUUCAGCAACUUCAUUAAGGAUUGGAUGGAAAAGACCUCAUCACAAUGGGGCUGCUGUUGUUUCUUAUAACAUCGAUAUCGCUGGCCAUAAAUUGCUCUCAUAUGUACCGGAGGUGUUUGAAAAUGAUAAUAAAGAUAGCGCUAGUGAUGGUGAGACAUUGGCUUACACUAUUACAGAUCUACAACCGAACACGCAAUACAGGUUCCGUGUUCAAGGAGUUAACAAGUCAGGUUGUGGAAUUUUCAGUUCUGUCGUCACUGCGACAACAGGAAAAAUCCCCCCUUCUGCACCUGUCUUGAAUACGGUGAACUGUUCUUACCAAAGUAUCAAACUUCGUUGGUCUUUUCACCGCCCGCAGAGCGAUGUUAGUGAGUUGACAUAUGAACUGCAGAUGGGAUCAAACGAAACUAGUUUCGAGACGGUGUUCAAAGGUUCAGCUGCAGUAUCGCACAAAGUUGGUAAACUCCAAGAACAGACAAUGUACAGUUUUCGUAUUCGAGCUGCAAAUGAAGCUGGUUAUGGUCCGUACUCUGAGAUUUUUUCAUGUCAGACCACUGUCCAACCUCCACCGGUAAUUAAAGGAUUAUGUUAUUCCAAUUUGAGCAAAAACUCUGUGACCCUUUCUUGGAAAGACGUUCCUCAUAUGAAAGCAACAGAUAGUAUAACCUAUACUUUACUCGGAAAGAGAAAAGAGAACAGUGAAUUGGAACAGCUUUAUGAAGGAAAGAAGACAAGCUUCACGUUUGAUGAUGUGAUUUCCGAAAAAACGUAUCGUUUUCAAGUUUGUGCAGUACGUACUUUGGCGAAUGGCACGAAAAUUCAAAGUCCGUGCUGUCCUAUCCUAUCGUUGACUAUUCCUUCAGAACAAAAACAAGAGAUAUCAAGUCCAUCUAAAAGCAAUUCUUCCAAAGAAAUCGAUUCACAACCAAGAGAACUUUCUGAGAGGCAAUUAGCUGGUAUAUUUUUCGUGGUGUUUGCUUUUAUUGUUCUUCUUAUUUCAUUGCUUGUGUUCUUCCUUCUUAGUUGAAGAUUAUAAUUAAAAAAAGGCAUCUUUUAUUAUAAAUAUAUAUUAAAUUAUAUCUAUAAUUCCA